UUGACUUCACUCUCCGUUACUAUAACUCUUUGGCAAUGCAUUGUAAUGAGCAUGGACACCAGUCUGGCAUCAUCAUUUGAAAAAUAAAUUGUAUAUGACAGAGAAAUCUUAAAGCGUUAUUCCACAACUAUGUUGUGAUAAUUUAUCUUGUUACAAAGAUGUUUUUGUUUAUUGGCAAAAAUUAUCUGAUAUUUAUUGCCACUUUGUAAGAUUUAGAAUUGAGAUGGCUUCCUGCUUGCUUCUUAAAUGUUUAAGUUCUUAUUAUAAACUUAUGUACAUAGUUGUAAAAUUUGAAUAUUUCUCUUUGCACUCUGGACAUGUGGACACAUAAAAUGCCAUAUUAUGAUUGUAUGCUUUUAUGCCCCCGGUAGGGUGGCAUAUAGCAGUUGAACUGUCCGUCAGUGUGUCAGUCAGUAUGUCAGUCUGUCCGUCCGUCCGAAAAAAAACUUUAACGUUGGCCACAACUUUUGCAAUAUUGAAGAUAGCAACUUGAUAUUUGGCAUGCAUGUGUAUCUCAUGAAGCUGCACAUUUUGAGUAGUGGGAGUUCAAGGUCAUCCUUCAAGGUCAAAGGUCCAAAAAAAAAAAUUAUUUCAAAGCGGCGUUCUCAUGAAGCUACACGUUUUGAGUGGUGGAAGUUCAAGGUCAAGGUCAUCCUUCAAGGUCAAAGGUCAAAAAUAAAUAAAUUUCAAAGCGGCGCAAUAGGGGGCAUUGUGUUUCUGACGAACACAUCUCUUGUUGGUUGUUAUAUUUUGCUGAAUGAUUACAUAAUACUAAGCAAUUGUGUGUCAGAUUUCCUGACCAGCCCACAGCUGGUGACAUCAUAAACAUGCUUGACGAGGUCGACCUUUCCAAGGUCAUAAAAAAAUACGGGGAAGACACUCAGGCCAGGAAGAUCGCGCAUGCCAUCGUACAGGCCCGGGCGGCGUAUGGGCGCAUAGCAACAACUAAACAGCUGGCUGCCAUUGUGGAAAACGUUUGUACAAUGUCAAGAGAUAAGCUGGGUAGGUACAGUCAUCCAGCGACAAAAUUAUUUCAAGCCCUGAGAAUAUUCGUUAACAAUGAGCUUAAUGAACUAAAUGCAGCACUAGAGAUUGCACAUACAUUUCUCAAACCUGGCGGACUGUGCAUUGCGAUUACUUUUCAUUCUUUGGAGGAUCGAAUUGUGAAGCGACAUUUUCACGACAUUGAUCUUGACGAAGAGAAAAACUUGUCUCUAAAGCAGAAAUUGAGAAACGUUCAAGUGGUUGAUACUGUGGAAGAAUUGCAAUAUUUGACGGAGAAAAGAUGGAAGCCCGUAAAUAAAAAAGUUCUCACAACAGAUGAGAAUGAGGUAGAAGAUAACCCGAGAAGUAGAUCUGCAAAAUUACGUGCUGCUAUUAAAUCAAGUCAAUCUGUAUAAUUAUUUGAAUUUGUAUAAAUCAUAGUAACAUUGUAUUGUGUGUUUUCAUAAGAGAAUUAAAUAUAGCAUUUGAAGUUAACACAUAUGAAUUUAUCCCAAGCUGACUUGGGGAAAGCUCAAGAUACCAGUCACAAUGGUUGAGUGUGUACAUGUACAUUUAUGAGACCAUUUAUAAUAUUCAAACCUCCACUUGCAAUGUGUAAUAUGAUAUGCCUUGUUGGAAUAAAGAAAUAACGAUAUAA